CAGUGUGUAUUAGCAUAACCCACCCCUUAGUCUCUCCCGGCUCCCCCCUAGGCGGUAGCGGCGGCGGCAGCAGCGGUGGCGACAUGAGCAGCGGGGCGGCGUCCGGGACUGGGCGGGGACGGCCCCGGGGCGGGGGGCCGGGACCCAGGGACCCCCCGCCCGGCGAGACUCACAAGCUGGUGGUCGUGGGCGGCGGCGGCGUGGGCAAGAGCGCGCUGACCAUCCAGUUCAUCCAGUCCUACUUUGUGUCUGACUACGACCCCACCAUUGAGGAUUCCUACACGAAGAUCUGCACCAUUGACGGCGUCCCUGCACGGCUGGACAUCCUGGACACUGCAGGUCAAGAGGAAUUUGGUGCCAUGCGGGAGCAGUAUAUGCGUGCUGGCAACGGCUUCCUGCUGGUGUUUGCCAUUAAUGACCGGCAGAGUUUCAAUGAGGUAGGCAAGCUCUUCACUCAGAUCCUCAGAGUCAAGGACCGAGACGAUUUCCCCAUUGUGCUGGUUGGGAACAAGGCAGAUCUGGAGACACAGCGCCAGGUCCUCCGAUCUGAAGCGUCCUCCUUCAGUGCUUCCCAUCACAUGCCUUACUUCGAGGCCUCAGCCAAAUUGCGUCUGAAUGUCGAUGAGGCAUUUGAGCAGCUGGUCCGGACUGUCCGGAAAUACCAGGAGCAAGAGCUCCCUCCCAGCCCACCCAGUGCCCCCAGGAAGAAGGAUGGGGGUUGCCCCUGUGUCCUGCUGUAGCCAAGAGCCCAUCCACCAGCAGACCAGCACAAGCUCUCUCGGGACCAGCUGCCUCACACUUGCUAUGUGGCCUGAGGCUCUAGCUGAGCCUCAGUCUCCUCCCCCGGGUCCCCAGGACACACUACACCCUCUGCCUUCACUCCUGGCCUCCUGGGGCUGUCACUGAGUGCCUUCUGUCAAUGGCUCCUGUCCCCACCCAAGACCCCGGUGGGGUGAGGAGCGCCUCAUCACUGCUGUAUAUACGUCCCAUCUUUCAGAAGAAUAAAUGUCACUGCCUACAA